CCAGGAAGUACCGAGUGCUACAAAUCACCACAAACAUCACUGAAACUGUAACAGCCAGCAACGUUGUGACAGUUUCCUGUCGCACGUGUUUUCUAUCGUAUUGUAACAAUGGCGGAAGAGGUUUCCUGCUUGAAGGCACGGCUUAUGGAGAAAGAAAAAGAGAUAGUUGCAUUGAAGAAUAAACUGGCAUUAGAAAAGAACAGUUUGAUAGAUCUGCAGCUGCAGGAGAAAGUGACAACACUUCCACCUCUGAAACUCAAGGCAGCUCUGUCCAAUGAAGACAUCAUGCGCUACAGCAGACAGCUUAUACUGCCAGAGUUUGGUGUACAAGGUCAGCUAAACCUCUCCCAGACAUCAGUGCUGGUUGUGGGGUGUGGAGGACUAGGCUGUCCCCUGGCACAGUAUCUAGCUGCAGCAGGAAUCGGGCGUGUGGGUCUUCUGGACUAUGACGAGGUGGAACUGAGUAACCUGCACAGACAGGUGCUCCAUGGAGAAGACAGCCAGGGACAGGCCAAGGCCCAGUCUGCUGCCCAUGCUGUCAGAAGGUUGAACUCCACAGUAGAAUGCAUUCCCUACCACCUCCAGCUGUCUCCAGAAAAUGCUUUACAGCUCAUCCAACAGUUCGACAUUGUGGCUGACUGUUCGGACAACGUUCCCACCCGGUAUCUGGUGAAUGAUGCCUGUGUCCUCAGUGGCAAGCCCCUAGUAUCUGCCAGUGCCCUGAGAAUGGAGGGCCAGUUGACAGUGUAUAACUACCGUGGAGGCCCCUGCUACAGGUGCCUGUACCCAAAGCCUCCACCCCCAGAGAUGGUGACCAACUGCUCUGACGGAGGGAUCUUAGGAGUAGUGCCAGGGAUCAUGGGAUGCUUCCAAGCAUUGGAGGUCCUGAAGAUAGCCUCAGGACAGGGCUCUUCCUGUGGCCAACAGCUGUUGAUGUUUGACGCCCAAGAUGCCAAGUUCCGGUCCAUCAGGCUGCGGUCCAAGCAGGCCAGCUGUGCUGUGUGUGGAGAGAACCCCACUGUCACACACCUUGUAGAUUAUGAGAAGUUCUGUGGGUCUGCUGCCACAGAUAAGUGUCGAAGACUAAACCUUCUCUCCAAAGACCAGAGGGUAACAGUGCAGGAGUAUAAAUCUAUAGUGGACAACACAGCUGCUCAUCUCCUGCUGGAUGUUCGCCCUCUAGUGGAGGUAGAUAUAUGUCACCUACCCACCUCCCUCAACAUUCCUCUAUCCAGUUUAGAGGACAGAAAAAGUGAACAUAUCCGAGUGCUGAAGGAGAGAAUUGGCAGAGUGAAAGAGGAGAUGUUGAAUGAAUCCCAGGUCCCAGUAUAUGUGAUCUGUAAGCUGGGUAAUGACUCCCAGAAGGCAGUUCAGGUCUUGGAGAAGAUGUCAGGCUCUGAAGUGGACUUUGUCACUGUUAAAGACAUCUGUGGAGGGCUGAUGGCCUGGGCACAGAAGAUAGACCCCUCUUUCCCACAGUAUUGACUCAACGUCACAGAUUCUGCACUGUGGAUUCAUGACUUUGUUAAUAAACAUGUUCAUAAAUGUCA